AUGGACAACUUGAUCAUUUACGGCUCUGUUGAGCGUAUCCCUUUGUACAAUUGCAGGUACCACUCGAAACAUAGUGAAUCCUCAAGUUUAAAAUAUUUCAGCGGACACACUUCUGACGAGUGGUCGAAGUUAGGUGGGGAGCGGUGGCCACUUUUAGGCGCUGGACAGCUAGCCUAUGGGAUCAUGAUUGAUGUGAGCCAUGUGCAGUUAUAUUUGUUAAUGUUUAAAUUCAGAUCCUCUACCUACCAAUUCUCUCUAUCAUUUUUGAAAAGGAAAACUUCAACAUGUCGUGCUUCAAAAUCAUGUAUCUGCUGGGAAUCAUCGACUUUCUGAUCACCUACGUGAAUUCCAUCCUUACCGGAUGGCUCGCUAUGAAAGGCGCCGUCUAUUGCACCCACCCGAACAUCAUCUACAUCUCCGGAAUGCUUGUCUGCGCUCUCUGGUGCUCUUCCUGCAUGACCGCACUUUUGCUCGUCGCCAAUCGUCUACUCGGAAUGACCAAACCCGCCCUGGCCACCAAACUCUUUGAUGGGCGCAAAACGUACAUUGCCAUGCUGUUUCCCAUCCUUUACUUCGUCUACUUCCUGUUCACCGCUCCUCUCAUCUUCAACUCCAAGUACAUGGCCUGGUUCUACGAGCCGAUGAUAUUUCCGGAAAAGUCUGCCGAGUACUUCAACCAUUCGCACACCGCCAACAACUUUUUGAUUGUUACGCUGACUUGCAUCGUGUACACGCCGUUUCGAUGGGUCAUCGGAACCAAUUUGCGGCAUGUGCGUGGAGUUCAACUGUCACGGUUGCAGAAUACGGUAAGACGCACAGCACGUCGAACGACUCGUUUCUUAUUCUUUCAAGAAAACCCAAGUGUUCCUCCAAUCGACUCUGAUCUGCGCGGCGAAUCAAUUGUGCGCAGUGAUCUACGUCGUGAUGAAUGUGACGGAGGUGCCCGACGGCCUCAUCAUGUUCGCCCAUUUCACGUGGCAGUUCAUCCACGGCGCCCCCGUCUUUAUAUAUUUGGCGCUGAACCGAAUGAUUCGAGAGCGAUUUGUGCAGAAAAUGAGUGUGGUCAGUAUGGGCCGACAAACAGAGGCCAGCUCUAUGGCGCCAAUCGCCAAGGUCAGCCAGCCUACUGUCCUGAGUUGA